ACUGUAAUGUUCCUAGAAAUCAUUAUGUUACUAGGAAGCUUAUAAAUAUACUGUGAAUAACAAGCAAGAAUCAAUAAAAAAAGUUUGAAUUUCCUCACCUCAAAUUCUGCUAUGUUUCUUCCUUCUAUGCUGGAGGUGCUGGCCCUCGUAAGCUAGCUAAAUUCCCUGCGAUCAUAACAUUUAUAAAGUGACAGCACCCUUUGGCCAUUCAUGAUCGUACCUAUAGCUUCCAAUAUUCUGAUAAUCGAGAGGACGAUCAGGAUGCCUGGUGUUUCUUCCAUGCUUCUUUUCUUUCUAUUUGUAAUAUUAAUAUCUCAAGUCAGUGCCUUAAGCGUAACCUGUGAUUACAGCGAGGUCGGAAAUUACACAGCAAAUAGCACCUAUAACACCAAUCUGAACACCCUUUUAUCCACUCUCUCUUCCAACACAGAAAUUAAUUACGGUUUCUACAACUUCUCACAUGGUCAAAGCCCAGACAGAGUCAACGUCAUUGGACUCUGCAGGGGAGAUCUGGCGCCAGAUGAGUGCCGCAGUUGCCUCAACUAUGCCAGAAGCAAUCUCACGCAGGAUUGUCCAAACCAGAAAGAGGCAAUUAUACAACAUAGAAAAUGCAUGUUGCGCUACUCGAACCGCACAAUAUUUGGCAAUCCGGAAGUUCAACCUUGUACUUGUUUGCGGAACUUAUCCAAUGUAAUGUACGGGGAUGAGUUCAAGCAAGUGCUUGCGAACUUAAUGAGGAACCUCAAAGGUGUAGCUGCAUCGGGUGACUCUCGUCGUAAGUAUGCUACGGAUAAUGUAACUACUGGAAAUUUUGAAACCAUAUAUGGUCUUGUGCAGUGCACCCCUGAUUUGUCUGAGAUACAAUGCAAUGACUGCUUGGAUUGGACUAUCUCACAAAUCCCAUAUUGUUGUAAUAUAACGAACUGUGGUGGAGCUGUUGGACCCAGUUGUAAUAUUAGAUUUCAAAACUACCGCUUCUACAACCAGACGAUUAUGUUGGACCCAGAGAUACCACCAUCAUGGCCAGCAUCACCUCCUUUCGCCGACAUUUCCCCAGAAACAGAAGAAAGUGGCAACACAAUAGUUAUUGUCAUCUCCAUAGUUGUGCCAACUGUUGUUGUCGUUUUGCUCAUUUGUCUCUGCCUCUAUUUAAGGAGGAGGAAGGCUAGGAAAAAUCUUGUAGUUAAAGAAGAUGAAGUUGAGGAUGAAAUUAAAAUUGCCGAGUCAUUGCAAUUUAACUUCAACACAAUACAAGUUGCUUCAGAAGACUUCUCUGAUUCUAAUAAACUUGGACAAGGUGGAUUUGGAGCUGUUUACAGGGGUAGGCUCUCUAAUGGGCAGAUGAUUGCAGUUAAAAGGUUGUCAAGAGAUUCUGGCCAAGGAGAUACAGAAUUUAAGAAUGAGGUGCUUUUAGUGGCCAAGCUUCAGCACCGAAAUUUAGUUAGGCUACUUGGUUUCUGCUUGGAAGGAAAUGAAAGGCUACUUGUCUAUGAAUAUGUUCCUAAUAAAAGCCUUGAUUAUUUCAUAUUUGAUCCAAACAUGAAAGCACAAUUGGAUUGGAAAAGUCGCUACAAAAUCAUUAGAGGUAUAGCUCGAGGCCUUCUAUACCUCCAUGAAGAUUCUCGACUGCGUAUUAUACAUCGUGAUCUCAAAGCAAGCAACAUUCUCUUAGACGAAGAGAUGAGUCCGAAAAUAGCAGAUUUUGGCAUGGCAAGACUGGUUUUAGUGGAUCAAACUCAAGCAAAUACAAGUAGAAUUGUUGGAACCUAUGGAUAUAUGGCACCAGAAUAUGCAAUGCAUGGACAAUUUUCAGUGAAAUCAGAUGUCUUCAGUUUUGGUGUACUAGUUCUUGAGAUUUUAAGCGGCCAAAAUAACAGUGGCAUUCAUCAUGGGGAGAAUGUUGAGGAUCUACUAAGUUUCGCAUGGAGAAGUUGGAAGGAGGGGACAGCUAUAAAUAUUGUAGAUCCAUCAUUAAACAACAAUUCACGAAAUGAAAUGAUGAGAUGCAUCCAUAUUGGUUUACUUUGUGUUCAAGAAAAUUUAGCGGACAGACCAACCAUGGCUACCAUUAUGCUCAUGCUAAAUAGCUAUUCUCUAAGUCUCCCCAUUCCCGCCAAACCUGCAUUUUAUAUGAACAGUAGAACUGAAAGUCUUCCAGACAUGCAGUCAUGGGAAUACAACUGAAGGGAAACAGGAUCAAGUGAAUCGAUAAUUAAAUCAGCUCAAGAAUCAGAAAAUGAGGCUUCAAUAAAUAAGCAGUACGCUCGGUAGAUUCUAGUUAAUUAGGAGGAUGAUAUUCAUUUAUCAUCUAUGCUUCCGCUCUUAAACCAAAAUACAACUAUUGGAACUCAUGUAAUUUGAUCGUGCAAUGUCUUGUUUAAAUACACAACACAUCCUUUGUUUAAACUGAGAUUGAAGCCAGCGACAUGACCUUCAUCUGGUCUUUAAUAUUGAUGUUCAAAUCUGUAUUUAUGAAUA